AUGGGGCUGCCGACUCUGGAGUUCAGCGACUCCUACUUGGACAGCCCGGAUUUCAGGGAGCGCCUGCAGUGUCACGAGAUUGAGCUGGAGCGAACCAACAAGUUCAUCAAAGAGCUCAUUAAGGACGGCUCUCUGCUCAUCGGGGCGCUGAGGAAUCUGUCUAUGGCAGUACAGAAAUUUUCCCAGUCACUGCAAGAUUUCCAGUUUGAAUGUAUUGGUGAUGCUGAAACAGAUGAUGAAAUUAGUAUUGCUCAGUCACUAAAAGAAUUUGCAAGACUACUCAUCGCAGUAGAAGAAGAAAGGAGAAGACUGAUUCAAAACGCUAAUGAUGUAUUAAUUGCGCCACUUGAGAAAUUUCGCAAAGAACAAAUAGGUGCAGCAAAAGAUGGAAAGAAGAAAUUUGACAAGGAGAGUGAAAAAUACUAUUCUAUUCUUGACAAGCAUUUAAAUUUGUCUGCAAAGAAAAAGGAGUCUCAUUUGCAGGAGGCAGAUACACAGAUUGACCGAGAGCAUCAAAACUUCUAUGAGGCAUCACUAGAAUAUGUCUUUAAAAUUCAAGAGGUUCAAGAAAAAAAGAAGUUUGAAUUUGUCGAACCGCUUUUGUCAUUCCUUCAGGGUUUAUUUACUUUUUACCACGAGGGAUAUGAACUCGCCCAGGAAUUUGCACCAUAUAAACAACAGCUGCAGUUCAACUUGCAGAAUACAAGGAAUAAUUUUGAAAGUACGCGACAAGAGGUAGAGCGGUUGAUGCAAAGGAUGAAAUCUGCCAGUCAAGAUUACAGACCACCCAGCCAGUGGACGAUGGAAGGCUACCUUUAUGUCCAGGAGAAACGACCACUUGGUUUUACAUGGAUUAAACAUUAUUGUACAUAUGAUAAGGGAAGUAAAACAUUUACAAUGAGCGUUUCAGAAAUGAAAUCCAGUGGGAAAAUGAAUGGCCUUGUUACUAGCUCACCAGAAAUGUUUAAACUAAAAUCCUGUAUCCGACGAAAGACAGAUUCAAUUGAUAAACGAUUCUGCUUUGACAUAGAAGUAGUAGAAAGGCACGGAAUCAUCACAUUGCAAGCCUUUUCAGAAGCUAAUCGGAAACUCUGGCUUGAAGCCAUGGAUGGGAAGGAACCGAUUUAUACUCUGCCUGCGAUUAUUAGCAAGAAAGAAGAAAUGUACUUAAAUGAAGCAGGGUUCAACUUUGUGAGAAAAUGCAUUCAAGCUGUGGAAACGAGAGGCAUCACCAUUUUAGGUCUUUACCGAAUAGGAGGAGUGAACUCCAAAGUUCAGAAACUCAUGAAUACCACAUUUUCUCCCAAAUCCCCUCCUGAUAUGGACAUUGAUAUUGAACUGUGGGAUAAUAAGACAAUAACAAGUGGGCUGAAAAACUACCUCAGGUGCCUCGCAGAACCACUGAUGACUUACAAAUUACACAAAGAUUUUAUUGUUGCUGUUAAGUCUGAUGACCAAAACUACCGGGUGGAGGCUGUACAUGCAUUAGUGCACAAAUUGCCAGAGAAAAACAGAGAGAUGCUGGACAUCUUAAUAAAGCACCUGGUCAAAGUGUCACUACAUAGCCAGCAAAAUCUCAUGACUGUCUCAAACCUUGGUGUCAUAUUUGGUCCAACUCUAAUGAGAGCACAGGAAGAAACUGUGGCUGCCAUGAUGAAUAUUAAAUUUCAGAAUAUUGUGGUUGAAAUUCUGAUAGAGCACUAUGAAAAGAUUUUUCAUACUGCCCCAGACCCAAGCAUCCCUCUUCCUCAGCCUCAGUCUCGAUCUGGAUCCCGAAGGACACGUGCAAUUUGCCUCUCCACAGGCUCCCGGAAGCCCAGAGGGAGGUAUACCCCGUGCUUGGCAGAACCCGAUAGCGACUCCUAUAGCAGCAGCCCGGACAGCACACCCAUGGGGAGCAUUGAGUCACUUUCCUCUCACUCAUCUGAACAAAACAGCACGACAAAGUCCUCUUCCUGCCCUCCCAGGGAGAAAUCUGGAGGGAUUCCUUGGAUUGCAUCCCCAUCACCUUCCAAUGGACAGAAAAGUCUUGGUCUCUGGACAACUAGUCCUGAGUCAAGUUCUAGAGAAGAUGCAACCAAAACAGAUGCAGAAUCAGAUUGCCAGAGUGUCACUUCGGUCGCUAGCCCAGGGGAUGCGUCCCCACCCAUAGACCUGGCCAAGAAAGGGCCUUAUGGGCUUUCAGGACUGAAAAGAGCCUCAGCUUCCUCUCUCAGAUCCAUCUCUGCAGCGGAAGGAAACAAGAGCUACAGUGGAUCCAUUCAAAGCUUAACUUCCAUAGGUUCCAAAGAGACGCCCAAAGCCCCGCCAAACCCAGAUCUGCCUCCCAAAAUGUGCAGGAAGUUAAGGCUAGACGCUGCCUCCAGCAAUGGUUACCAGCGACCCGGCUCCGUUGUGGCAGCAAAGGCCCAACUGUUUGAAAACGUUGGUUCACUUAAGUCAGUUUCUUCUGGGCGCCAAGCCAAAGCCAUGUACUCCUGUAAAGCAGAGCACAGCCAUGAGCUUUCCUUCCCACAGGGAGCGAUAUUUUCUAAUGUGUACCCAUCAGUGGAACCAGGAUGGUUGAAGGCAACUUAUGAAGGCAAAACAGGACUCGUCCCAGAAAAUUAUGUUGUCUUCCUCUAAUACUUGUUAGUGGAUGGCAGUAUCUUCAUGGUAUCCAUGGUAACAAAUAAUAAGUGCUAUGAUUUUAUCUGACACAGAUAUGGGGAUCAGCCUGUUAAAAUGAAAACAGUCAAUUUCUACCAAGUUUUACACCAGCAGACUAUGUAGCUCCCUAUUAAUGGAAAGGGAAAAAAUGUUUAAAUUGUUUGCCAUUCUUUUCAAUUUUGGCUAGUUUCAUAUUUUAAAGUAGCUUAUCCUCCCCUCCCCACCCCCCUUUUUUUUUUGGAAAAGUAACUCUCCACAAUGUCUCUUUCAUAAUAAUUAUAGAAUCUCAAAUACUGUGUUAAGUACUAUAUUCCAGAAAUUUGGAAACCAGAAAUCUGCUAUAAGACUUUUGAAAUCUGCCCUUUACUGUCUGGUGUUCUCUGAGAAACCUUGAAAUCAUUACUAAAAAAUGUAACUUAAAUUGUUCAUUUAUUAUUUUUUCUUAAAAAUAUACUGCUUUUAUAU